AUUCAAUUCGGCCAGUGAUUUUAUUUUAUUUUCUGUUAAAUUGAUUCUUAAAAUGAAGUGCAUUCCGUUCAUUUACAUUGCUUUGAUUGUCGGUUGUGUUUAUUCGACAGACUCCAACAAUUCAUUUGAGGAUGAUGAAUUUUCAUUGAUUAUCGCUGAAAUCCAGAACAAAAUAAAGGUGAUAACUGAUGCCUCUAAUUUCAACACUGAACAAAUAAAUGCAAACUCACAAGCAUUGAAAAACAUCCAAACUCAACUUGAUGAAGUCAUGGCUAUAAAUGCAGCAACAAUGAAUCAAAUUGAUGCGAAUAAUGCAAUAUUAAAUGGACUUAUACCUGCACAAUCUGAACCUGUUACAACGAAUGAUGUACCUAGUGUUGAUACCACAUCCAGUCAGCCAAGUUUUGAGGAAAUAAAUUGAUCCGAACCGAAAUAAAUUAAAGAAAUUUUGUUUUCAAAAUUAAGUAUUGUCAAUGAGUCAAUUUAAUUGAGGAAGG